CACUGCGCGUGCGCAAAGGUGUGGUCGGGAAAGUGAGCUGAGGCUGGAGUUGGGAACGCCGAGCCUGUGAGGUGAGAAGAGACCGGGUGGAGCCGGGCCAGGCGUCGCGGGCGUUCGUGGCGGUGGCUGCUGUUGCUGCUUUGGUGGCCAUCGAGGACACUGGUGCUGGUCUGGGGCUCGGGCUGACGGGGACAUCCCACAAUCCGGCCUCCUCCGGUCAUCUUAGGCCAGGGUCUGCUUCCACAGGCCCGGACUAUCGUCCCAGGCUGUUACUUGAGGACCUUAAAGGUCUUGUACGAGCACCCCACCCUUUUUUUAGAUGAGGAAACUGAAUCCUAGAGAAGCGUAGCAAAUUGCCCAGGGUGACACAGUGGAACCAUGUGUGCUCAGUACUGCAUCUCUUUUGCUGAUGUUGAAAAAGCUCAUGUCAACAUUCAAGAUUUUAUUCACCUCACACCAGUGCUAACAAGUUUCAUUUUCAAUCAAGUAACAGGGCGCAAUGUUUUCUUCAAAUGUGAACUCUUCCAGAAAACUGGAUCUUUUAAGAUUCGCGGUGCCCUUAAUGCAGUCAAAGGCUUGACUCCUGCCACCUCGGAAGAGAAGCCCAAAGCCGUGGUUACUCACAGCAGUGGAAACCAUGGCCAGGCUCUCGCCUAUGCUGCUAAAUUGGAAGGAAUUCCUGCUUAUAUUGUGGUGCCCGAAACAGCUCCCAAUUGUAAAAAAUUGGCAAUACAAGCCUAUGGAGCCUCCAUAGUGUACAGUGAACAGAGUGAUGAGUCCAGAGAAAAUGUUACCAGAAGAAUUAUGAAAGAAACAGAAGGCAUCAUGGUACAUCCCAACCAGGAGCCUGCAGUGAUAGCUGGGCAAGGGACAAUUGCCAUGGAAGUACUAAACCAGGUACCCUUGGUAGAUGCACUGGUGGUACCUGUAGGAGGAGGAGGAAUGGUUGCUGGAAUAGCAAUUACAGUUAAGGCUCUGAGACCUAGUGUGAAGGUAUAUGCUGCUGAACCCUUGAAUGCAGAUGACUGCUACCAGUCCAAGCUGAAAGGGGAACUGACUCCCAAUCCCUAUCCUCCAGAAACCAUAGCAGAUGGUGUCAAAUCCAGCAUUGGCUUAAACACCUGGCCUAUUAUAAGGGACCUUGUCGAUGAUGUCUUCACAGUCACAGAGGAAGAAAUUAAGUAUGCAACCCAGCUGGUGUGGGAGAGGAUGAAACUGCUUAUUGAACCUACAGCUGGUGUUGCAGUGGCCGCUGUCCUGUCUCAGCAUUUUCAAACAGUUUCCCCAGAAGUAAAGAACAUUUGUAUUGUACUCAGUGGUGGAAAUGUAGACCUAACCUCCCUAACUUGGGUGAAGCAGGCUGAAAGGCCAGCUCCUUAUCAAUCUGUUUCUGUUUAGUUUAUGCAAAAGAGAUGGGAUUCAG